AUGCCUGAAUUAUCACCGUAUGAGUGGAGGACACUCCACGCCACGACAAGCAGUCGUACCUUCCAAUUCGACGUCAUCGGCAAUCUGCCCGUUGAGCUAGUGGCCCAGGUGUUCUCGCAUUUAGACGUCGCUGCUCCUUACCGCUUGCAAACAAGUCUCAACAGUUGGUACCAAGGUACUGUCAACUUCCAAGAUGCCGACCACGCUCUAUGUCAAAAGAAAGCCCGCAAGAUCAAUGCCUUUCGUACCGGCAAGCCGCGCAAAGUCUACAAGAUAACACCCAAGGACAGUAUAGAUGAUAUCUAUUUAGCAGGAAACAGUCUCAUCUGGCAAAGCCUAACCGAGAACGAAUCACUUGGCAUUGCUCCUAUCAUACAGCCUGCGACCCAGACAAUCAUCUUGUUUGCCAAUGCCGCACGUAACAAUGACGUUCCUUUCCACCAACAGUUCUUCGCGUUCGGUCGCUACACAUACAGCGGGGAGUGUCUCAGCACACACCACGCAAACCUCCACGGGGUAACUUCUCUCUCGUAUUUUUCCCGUGAUCCAAACACCUUUGUCCCAGUCGACGACAAGCAGAACAUACUGUCGAUAGUCAUGCGAGACACCAACGGCAAGUCAUCGUUCCUAGUACGAUUCAACGAAGAAGAGAUGGAGAUGAGUGUAUGGGAGGGUUCCCGGCUAUACGAACACCCCGAAUUCACCGAUACCAACGGUGCCAUGGCGUGGUGGAAGGACACAUGCUAUGCCGCAUUCUGGGACGGGGACGUCGAAGGCGAAAUGCGUGACACGAUUGCUCUUAUGGAUGGGAACGCCGACAAGCAUGACAUGAAUGCGGUUGAGGGCGCCAGUGCCGGCAAAACCUACAAGCUCAUCGUGUCUGAACUAGUGGACGAAGAGUCACUCGAUCUCGAUAUCAACGCACCCGUUGUUAUGAACGAAGACUAUGUUAUCAGAAACGCGGGGAAUAGAUUCUACAUACUCUGUUUUGACGACGACGAUGAGGGGAAGAAACCACAGGAGAAUGGAUCGUUCUUUGAUCUGGGAGAGCUUGAGGUAUCGAAGGGUAUGGAUACGUGGUUCGAUCAACCACAUUACAAGGGGUGGCUACAGUCUCGGCCAUAUGCCCGUGUAAAGGAGAUCUGGGGGCCGGAGCUGGAACGACGGAGGCAGGAGCUUUCAUUAUCUUCAGAAAGUGACUAG